CCACUACCACCUCCACUACCACAACCACCUCCACUACCACCUCCACUACCACCUCCACCUCCACUACCACCUCCACUACCACCUCCACUACCACUACCAUCUCCACUACCACCUCCACUACCACCUCCACUACCAACUCCACUACCACUACCACCUCCACUACCACCUCCACUACCACCACCACCACCUCCACUACCACCUCCACUACCACUACCACCUCCACUACCACUACUACUACCACCUCCACUACCACCUCCACUACCACCACCACUACCACCUCCACUACCACUACCACCUCCACUACCACCUCCACCACCUCCACUACCACCUCCACUACCACCUCCACUACCACCUCCACUACCACAACCACCACCACUACCACCUCCACUACCACCACCACCUCCACUACCACCUCCACUACCACUCCCACCUCCACUACCACCUCCACUACCACCACCACUACCACCUCCACUACCAUCUCCACUACCACCUCCACUACCACUACCACCUCCACUACCACCUCCACUACCACUACCACCUCCACUACCACCUCCACUACCACCUCCACUACCACUACCACUUCCACUACCACCUCCACUACCACCUCCACUACCACUACCACCUCCACUACCACUACCACCUCCACUACCACCUCCACUACCACUACCACUACCACCUCCACUACCACCUCCACUACCACUACCACCUCCACUACCACCUCCACUACCACCUCCACUACCACUACCAUUACCACCUCCACUACCACUACCAACUCCACUACCACCCCCACUACCACCUCCACUACCACAACCACCUCCACUACCACCUCCACUACCACCUCCACCUCCACUACCACCUCCACUACCACCUCCACUACCACCACCACCUCCACUACCACCUCCACUACCACCUCCACUACCAACUCCACUACCACUACCACCUCCACUACCACCUCCACUACCACCACCACCACCACCACUACCACCUCCACCACCUCCACUACCACCUCCACUACCACAACCACCUCCACUACCACCUCCACUACCACCUCCACCUCCACUACCACCUCCACUACCACUACCACCUCCACUACCACCUCCACUACCACCUCCACUACCACCUCCACUACCACCUCCACUACCAUCUCCACUACCACCUCCACUACCACAACCACCUCCACUACCACCUCCACUACCACUACCACCUCCACUACCACCUCCACUACCACCUCCACUACCACUACCACCUCCACUACCACUACCACCUCCACUACCACCUCCACUACCACUACCACCUCCACUACCACUACCACCUCCACUACCACUACCACCUCCACUACCACCUCCACUACCAUCACCACUACCACCUCCACUACCACCUCCACUACCACCUCCACUACCACCUCCACUACCAUCUCCACUACCACCUCCACUACCACAACCACCUCCACUACCACCUCCACUACCACUACCACCUCCACUACCACCUCCACUACCACCUCCACUACCACUACCACCUCCACUACCACUACCACCACCUCCACUACCACCUCCACUACCACUACCACCUCCACUACCACUACCACCUCCACUACCACCUCCACUA